AUGGUCGCGGCUUUCUCUUGUCUCGUCCGGUUCAAGGACGCGGCCGGCACAGUACGGUACGGCGACGUGCCCAGCGGUCCUGACAACCUCGUCGGCAGCACGGCCAACGUUCUGUCGGGCGAAGAGCCCUGGGAUCUAAAACCGACCGAGGACACAGCACAGAUCGCAGAAGUCCUGUGUCCUCUAGAAUCCACACCUCUCGUGUACGGCAUCGGCCUCAACUACAAGAAGCACAUUGAAGAGUCGGGAUUCCCGACGCCAGAGUUCCCUGUCGUCUUCACCAAGCCAGGGGACUCGCUCGCCGGGCCAUAUGAAGACAUCCCCGUGGAUGCGAGAUGUGAGCAAUUGGACUACGAAGGCGAACUACUGGUCGUCAUUGGAAAGGACGUGCGGGGCUUUCGCAAAGGCGACGAUCCCUUGCCGUAUAUUCUCGGCUACUCCGUGAGCAACGAUGUUUCCUCACGAUUCUGGCAGACUCCCCAAAGAUGCGGAAACCAACACGGCAUGGCCAAGUCGUUUGACAAAUUCGCACCCAUCGGCCCUGCAAUCCUCAGUCCAGAGAGCCCGCUCAUCAAGGACAAGAUCCAGGAUGGCGCUCCCAAUCUUCAGCUCCAGACUUUCGUCAAUGGAGAACUGCGCCAGGAGACCAACACAGAUGAUCUGCUCUUCCGGAUGACUGACCUGUUGGAGUAUAUCAGCAUGGGUAGGACUGUCAGGAAGGGCACCAUCAUCAUGACCGGCACUCCCAGCGGAGUGGCGGCCUUCAUGAAGCCUCCUGCUUGGCUCAAGACCGGCGAUGUGGUGGAGAUCAAGAUCGAGGCUCUGGGUUCGAUCAAGAAUAAAAUGCGGGUCUCUGCAUCGGACCCAGAGAGAGGGGCCAAUGCCAACGUAUAA